UGUUUGAUCUGGCUUUGAUGAUCGGAAAACUUGUAUCAAAAGCUAUAAAUUGACACUAAUAUCAAAUGAUUCCGGCCGAAACAGUUUUCGAGACUAAGAUUUCCGGUGUCCAUGCCUGACCCAGUGAUAAAAUAGAAUUUUGGUUUUUUUAAGGUUUUUAUGUUUUUUUGGAUAGAUUCAUUUAUCUAUAGGAUCUAGCUUUGCUGAUGGGAAAUCGCAUUUGAAUUACCGAUUUUUUUGUUAGUAAUCUGAUUUUUUACCCUUCUUAGUGUGGAGAUAAGACUUUGGCUUUUGCUAAAUCUGAAUUUCUGAUGAACUGGCGUAUUUCUUGUGCAGUAGUCGCGAAUGAUUUCUGAUUAUCAAGAAUAAAAAGAACUGCUUCGUUUAAAUGCUCUGAUUAUCCAAAAACAGAGCCGAUUAUUCAAAGUCUAUGGGUUUUCGCGAAUUUUGCCGAAAUUUAUAUAUUUCUUUAUUCGUGAAUUUGUCUUCCGUUUUAUCCGUUUAUUUUUAUAAUUACUGUUAUCUAUCUCUAGGGCGACUUACUGUUAUAUGGUGUCCGCAUUUUGCUGAGAGAUUUGUAUGCAAUACUAUUAAAAUAUUCACAUAAUUGUAUCCUUUAUCAUACCCGUUUUGUUCGUGUUCUGAAUGUGUUCUUUCUCCUCUUCUUCUUCAUUUUGAGAUUGUUACUUUGAAGCUUCUUAUUUUGGUCAUUCAUACCCUUUUUUCUUUCUGCUUUUCUGUUUCUUUUCCAUGUUGUGAGUAAGAAAUUUUUGUUCCAAUUUUGAUUAAUCUCUUUCUCUGUUCGUCUCUUUUACUGUUUUUGAGAUCUUUUAUGGGUUUCUACUUGCUGCAACCAUGUCCUGCUCCGACAUCAGAAUGUGAUUAUGAGAAUUAAUUGGAAAACGAUUUCAAAGGCUUUUAACAGAACGAAGUACCCAGAUUUACUCAGAAAGAGAAAAGAAAGAAUCACACUCCCAUUUGACUUUCAUAACGUCCAUGUAGUACUAGUUACCCAUAAAUAACUUUCCUCCAUAUAGGAAUAUGGUAGCUUAUUUCUGGCACAUUGUGAAAUUUGUGGUUUAUUUCUUCAUUGGGAGUAGAGCUGUUUGACCUAGAGUACUAUCUGCAAAUGUGGAGCUACUGUGGUUAUCUUUUCUUUCAAUUAGCAAUAAAAGGGAUUUUUUUUCUUUUUCAUGUGUUGCAUGUUGAUCAAUUUUUCUUCGUUUUACUAUCCUUGUUAUUUUAACCAUUUUGAAUUUAUAGGCUACAUAUGCGGCUUCUCACUUUGGUUUCUUUGAUCGUUUUGGUUGCUGUCUACAUUCAAACAAUCAACACAACCUGCAUCAGUUCCUGAAGACGACACCGUUUUGUGACUAGGAAAAGUAAUUGGAGUUUGGCUUCUAAGCUCUUUUGUUAAGUUUGGGCACUGCAAAGGCAGCAGUGCCCAUGGACGCCACAACAAGUGGAACCUUCUCCCAAACUCCAACCAUACAGUACCAUGGGAUUCCAGACCAACCCCUCGCUCUUGUCUCUCAAUUACAAAUUUUCCAGCGUCAACAACGCCAUUGUUAUGGGGACUCUACCCCUGGAGAAUUUCCCCUGUCAGCUAACCCCUCCAUUGUUCUCCAUGUUCUCACUGACUGUAACCUUGAUCCUCAAGACCUUGCGAAACUAGAGGCUACUUGUUCAUUCUUUAGGCAGCCUGCGAAUUUCGCCCCCGAUAAUGAGCUGUCUAUAUCAGAGCUCGCUGCCUUCUUGAUGUGUCGAGAAAGAGCCAUAUUUAAACCCAUGACAGAGGAAGAGAGAGGGGCUUUAAAGAAGAGAUGUGGGGGUUCAUGGAAGUUGGUACUUAGGUUCUUGAAGAUUGGUGAGGCGUGUUAUAGGAGAGAGAAGUCUCAGGCCAUCGCUGGGCCUGGUCACAGUGUGGCUGUGACAUCGAAAGGCAGCGUAUACUCUUUUGGGUCAAAUAGCUCUGGGCAACUUGGCCAUGGAACACUAGAUGAGGAGUAUCGGCCCCGCCUAAUCAGGUCACUGCAGGGUAUUCGGAUUAUACAGGCUGCUGUGGGAGCUGGGAGAACAAUGCUCAUAAGCGACACAGGGCGAGUAUAUGCUUUUGGAAAAGAUUCUUUUGGAGAUGCAGAGUAUGGGGUUCAAGGGACAAAGCAUGUGACCGCCCCCCAAUUGGUGGAGUCCUUGAAGGAUACAUUUGUUGUUCAGGCAGCCAUUGGUAACUUCUUCACAGCUAUUCUUUCACGAGAAGGCAAGGUAUACACAUUUUCAUGGGGAUCAGAUGCUAAACUUGGGCACCAAACUGAGCCCAAUGAUGUGGAGCCCCACCCUUUGUUGGGGGCACUUGAGGAUAUCCCUGUUGUUCAAAUUGCUGCAGGAUUUUGCUACCUUCUAUGUCUGGCUUGCCAAGCUGGUGUUAUGUCGGUUUACUCAGUGGGUUGUGGCUUAGGGGGAAAGCUUGGACAUGGGUCUCGCACUGAUGAAAAGCAGCCACGUUUGAUCGAACACUUCCAAACUUUAAGGCUCCAACCCAAGGUUGUGGCAGCAGGUGCUUGGCAUGCAGCUGUGGUGGGUUAUGAUGGGAGAGUAUGCACAUGGGGAUGGGGGCGCUAUGGAUGCUUAGGCCAUGGAAAUGAAGAUUGUGAAGCCACCCCAAAAGUGGUCGAAGCCCUUAGUGGAGUCAAAGCAGUUCAUGUGGCUACUGGUGACUACACGACCUUUGUGGUCUCUGAUAAUGGAGAUGUUUACUCUUUUGGAUGCGGAGAAUCAUCGAGCCUUGGCCACUCAACUACUGCAGAUCCCCAGGGCAACAGGCACGCAAAUUUUCUGUCCCCAGAGCUAGUUACCUCGCUUAAGUAUCCGAAUGAGAGGGUGGUUCAGAUAAGCCUCACUAAUUCUAUCUAUUGGAAUGCUCAUACAUUUGCUCUCACAGAUAAAGGGAACCUCUAUGCUUUUGGUUCUGGCGAUAAAGGCCAGCUUGGAACUGAGCUCGUUGCUCACCAAAGCGAGCGUGCAAAUCCUGAGCGCAUUGAUAUCGACCUCAGUUAGCGUGUCAUUGAUCUCGCUCGCUACCCAUUCAAAGCCGUUGUUGAUUCUCUCUCUCUCUUCCCCCCUUUUCAGUUACGAUUUCUCUCACUUUCAAUUCUCUUUGCAUAAAAUCUUUCAGUCUUCUAAUGCUUUCAUAUUCUUGUCUAUUUGUACAUAUGAAAUGGAACACUCAGAAAACAAAAAGAUAACAGGGCACAAGGGCAGGGCCCAUGUGUAGCCUCGUUAUGGUUAUCAUCGCACCAGAACAUGCAAAGGGUGGCUGACUGGUUUGGAAGCCUCAAGGUAUUGUGGCUGAUUUGAAGCUUUUGGCAGUGGUAUCUUAUUUAUAUGUCCUUAAUUUUAUUCUUUGUUUCUAUGUUUUCCUGUUUACACACAAUUCUGGAACCAUACCCUCUCUCUUGAAUUCUCUAGUGUUCCAUCAAA